UUAACGUGGAGAUCCUUAAUAUUUCCGAGAUGGAAACAGAAAUUUUCAUAAAAAAGAGCCAUUUUUUAUCCUAAAACUUUUGGAGACAAGUUUUGUUUGUUGUUGGGUGUGCCCCUCUAGUAGGAGUGUUUUGGGUGGGGUUACUUUUGUAUAUAUGUGAAACCUCUAUUUGAUGAAAAUCACAAGCACAUCCAUCAACAUCCGUCAUCACAUCAUGCCCCUCACUGCAUGAAAACAUUGAAUUUAGUAUAUUUGCUUCUGCAAAAGGGAAACUCAUCAUCAUCAACAACCAAACACAACCCAAGAGAGAGGGAGAAAAGACACAAACUUUGUUCUUCCCUCUUCUAGGAUUUGCUUUUGCCCUUUUGCUUUUGAUUCUCCCCUUUUUAUAUCUCUACAUUUCUCUGAUCACUUCUCUUUUGCAGCUCCAUCUCCAAAUGAUGUCUCAACGUAAUGCCCUUCUCCUUCCAUCUAAACAAGACCAAGAAAUUACCCAAAACUCAACCACAAGAAAACCCACCUCCUCCACAAGAUCAUCCCAUCAUCCAGAUUCUCAAUCUCAACAACAAGAAGCCCUCAAAUGCCCUCGUUGUGAUUCCACCAACACCAAAUUUUGCUACUACAACAACUACAGCCUCACUCAGCCCCGCCACUUCUGCAAGACCUGCCGCCGGUACUGGACCAAAGGUGGCGCCUUGCGCAAUGUCCCCAUCGGCGGCGGCUGCCGGAAAACCAAAAAGCUCAAAUCUUCCUCAAAAUUCACCUCCGCCACGGCCACCGCCGCCGCCGCCGACAACUCCCCUUUCUUCAACGCCGCCGUUUCACACUCCUUUGACUUCCAAUUGGGCCACCCAAUAACCCCAAACAAUCACUACUCUUUCAUGGGGCUCAAUUACUACAAUUACAAUAACCUUGGCCCUGCAAUCCAAGACCACAACACGGCCAACAGCCUCGCAUCUUCCAUCGAGUCUUUGAGCUCUCUAAACCAAGACCUCCAUUGGAAACUCCAGCAGCAGCGGCUGGGGAUGAUAUUUGGAUCAGAUGAUCAGCAGAAAGAAUAUCAAACGCAGAAAUUGUUGCAACCCAUUUUGUUUCAGAAUCUGGAGGCUCCAAAAGUACAGGAGAUCAGUUGUAAUUUGAGUAGCUCCACCACCAUUAAUAAUAAUCCUCGGAGAGAAUCUACAACUGGGGAUAAUAUUGCUACCACUGAAUGGUUCUUUGGGAGUGGUCAGAGGAAUAAUGGCAUUGGUGGGAGUGGCAGUGGGAGUGGGUGGAAUAAUAGUAGUGGAAUUCAGGCGGCGGCUAAUUGGGAAGAUAAUUUACACCACUACACUGCCUUGCCCUAGCCAACAAACCAACAAUUGGAACAAAAAGGUAGCACCUUUGAUCUCCACAAGAUAUUAUCAUCAUAGGGAAUAAUUUUAAUUUCUUAUUAGGUGUUUGUUUUUACUGUUUGUGUAAUAUGUUUGAUCAAAGACGAUAGUUAAGAAUGAAAACAGAUCAUAGCCUUUGCCCUA